AGAGCUCUCGCCGCCGCGCCCCGUCCGCGCCGCGGGGCUCGGAGGCAGCGGGGGCCGUGCCCCAGCUAUGGCCGGGCGCGGAGCGCGGCUGCGCUGCGGUCGCCCCCCCUCCUUGCUCCUCCUCACCUGGCUCUGCGCGCCACUGCUCGGCCAGCCCGGAGCCUCGCACGCGGCUGUAUCUGAACCUUCUUUUAUUGCUAAAAGUGAAGAUCGUUUGUUUAAGCAUUUAUUUGAAGACUAUCAAAGAUGGGUUCGUCCAGUGGAACACUUGAAUGACACAAUAAAAAUCAAGUUUGGCCUUGCAAUCUCUCAGCUAGUAGAUGUGGAUGAGAAAAAUCAACUGAUGACAACAAAUGUAUGGUUGAAACAGGAAUGGGUAGAUGUAAAAUUAAGGUGGAAUCCUGAAGACUAUGCUGGGAUAACAUCUAUUCGUGUCCCAUCAGAUUCUAUUUGGAUUCCAGAUAUCGUGCUGUAUGACAAUGCAGAUGGACGUUUUGAGGGAACAUCUACAAAAACUGUGGUAAAAUACGAUGGCACCAUUGCUUGGACUCCACCAGCAAACUACAAAAGUUCUUGUACUAUUGAUGUAACAUUCUUCCCCUUUGACCUUCAAAAUUGCUCAAUGAAAUUUGGUUCCUGGACUUACGAUGGCUCACAGGUUGAUCUAAUUCUUGAAGAUUAUGAUGUUGACAAAAGAGAUUUUUUUGAUAAUGGAGAAUGGGAAAUAGUCACUGCAACAGGGAGCAAAGGAAACAGGACUGAUGGAUGCUGCUGGUAUCCUUUUGUUACAUAUUCAUUUAUAAUUAGACGUUUGCCACUUUUUUACACUUUGUUUCUCAUUAUUCCUUGUAUUGGGCUUUCAUUUCUAACUGUCCUUGUCUUCUAUCUUCCUUCAAAUGAAGGUGAAAAAAUUUCACUUUGCACUUCAGUACUGGUAUCUUUGACUGUCUUUCUUCUUGUUAUUGAAGAAAUUAUUCCAUCAUCUUCUAAAGUUAUUCCACUCAUAGGAGAGUACUUGGUGUUUACUAUGAUAUUUGUGACCUUGUCCAUUGUGAUAACUGUCUUUGCUAUCAAUAUCCACCACCGCUCCUCGUCCACACACAAUGCGAUGGCACCCUGGGUUCGCAAGAUAUUUCUUCACAAACUGCCCAAGCUGCUUUGCAUGAGAAGCCAUGUCGAUAGAUACUUUGCUCAGAAGGAGGAAACAGCAAAUAUGAAUGGAUCAGAAUCAUCUAGGAACACCUUGGAAGCAGCUCUGGAUUCUAUCCGCUAUAUUACACGACACGUUAUGAAGGAGAAUGAAGUUCGCGAGGUUGUUGAAGACUGGAAAUACAUUGCUCAGGUGCUUGAUCGAAUGUUCUUAUGGGCUUUUCUUCUGGUUUCAAUAAUUGGAUCACUUGUGUUAUUUAUUCCUGUUAUUCAUAAAUGGGCAAGUAUAAUAGUACCUACCCAUAUAGGCAGUACCAAUGCAUAAAUAUUUUCGGAGCCAUGUCCUACUGAUAUGUCUCUGAGUUUUGCAGUAGCUCUGUUUCCAUGCAUGUUCUUUGUAGUCAUGUUUCUGCUAGAGUAAAAAAGAAAAAUCCAAAACUAGAAAAUUAGGUUUAUCUUAAAGCAUGGCAUUCCCAGGACACAUAGAAGUCAAUUUGCUUAUUGCCAGUCUACUGAGUUACUGCUAAGCCAGGUCAGAAUUAAAAGAACCUUCUCAAGCCAUUGCAUGUAUGAUUUAUCAAAAAAGCAUACACUGACACCUACUGUGAAAUAGAAGGAUUUAAAUUUUUUUAAUGAUAAUCACUGUAGUCCAAUUAUUAAAUUACUAUAUAAAUUGCUACACUGAAUAUUAAAUAUUUGCAGUUACACAGUAGAGUUGCUUAUUUCAAUUUAGUAUACAAAGGAGAAUUUUUAUCAGCUCUCUUCAGUGUGUUGUAGAAGUAUGAAAUUUCGCCAGAGUAAAUUAAAAUAUAAUAAAAAUACAAGUUAAACUUCCUGUAUAUCUAAUACACAACUAAGAACAGCAGUUUGACCAUGAUUGGCCUUUAUAACUUUUCAGUCGAAUUUGCUGCUAAAUUUUAAAGCUUGUUAAUUCUGUGAUACCAACAGGAGCAUUUAACAAGCCUUAAAAUGCCUAAAGCAUAUGUGUAUAUUGAUGUCUCCAUCAGCUUUGGAAAGGAAGGCAAAGGCAGUUAACUGAGUUCCCAAGUUGUAUUCUAAGGGAUUGGAACAUUCAGAUUUCUUUACUCUUGAUGAAGAAUUUGAUACAGUAUGUGAGUUUGCAGACACAUUAAUUAUUUCCUGUCUUUGGGUGUUUCUCAGAAUUAUUUAAGCACAGGCAGAAGGAAUUUGUGGAGCAUCUUUCUGAAGGAAGUGGGUAACGAAUUAUCAUGCUGUAGAACCAAAUACAGAUGAUUAAUGAUUUUCACAUUUAUUAAACUGAACUUGAGAGCUACCUUAAAUUAUUUCUUUCACUUACAAAACCAUAUGUAACUCUAAGCAGCAAGGACUUAGAGUUUUCCAUAUUUCCUUUUUCCUAAGAUUGUUGAAAACGAACUUGCAACUUUUCAAUUAUUCCAUUUAAAUACAUUCUUUACAUUGAUUCCAAUGCCACCUUUCUUCCUUUCUUAAUAGCUUUAUUUCUGGAAAAGACUCUAAAAUAGUUGGGUAUUUUCCUACACCAAAGUUGUUUUAGUGUUGUUCAUAAUAUAGUUGCAUCCUGUAGGGCUAAUACAGGAAUGCCAGGCUAGAGCAAGUCUUAGGAAGUUUUUGUUUGUUUAAAUUACUACAUUAAUAAUAACAUGUUUAGGUGAGAAGUUUUAAUGUAAACUCUGGUAUCUUCAAUAAUUUUACAUUUUUAUAGUGAUUAUAAAUUUGAACAACAGAUACUUAUUUCUCCCAUACCCCCUCCCAGAUCUCCUUUAUAAUAGCCCUGUACUGAUUAUAAUAGUUAUUACUUAUGUCAUAACAUAUAUAAUUAAAUAUUUAUUUCAAAAUGUUUUAAUUUGCAGGAUAUUCUUGGUUUUGUGUAGCUUUUAAAGGCUCACAAGUAGGAAAAUGAUGUCAGGCAGGCCU